AUGAGCAGUAUUUACUGCUUUUGGCAAAAAGGUAUCGAACAAUGGGCACAACUGUAUAAUGUGUCGAAAAGUAGUACAACAGAGAUGGAAUACAGAGCAGCUAGUGAAGCAUUUUGUUUGGAAGGGCAUCCGAAUUUGGGUAAGAUCGUGGGCAGUUUGCCUGGAUCCAUUCCCCGUGUGCUUAUGUUUGAUUACAAAAUACGAGACUGGUUAUACGAGAUGCCAAUUUUAAUGAAUUUGACGGUACCGGGACGACGGAUUCAUGAAAUGCGCAAAAUUGGGAAGAUAAAUGGUAAAUUAGGACAAGUAGCUGCGAUGAGUAUCCAAUCAUUUAUUAUCAGUGACUGCCAUGGUUCCAUAUGUAAAUACUGGUACAGUUCAUUAGGUCAGAUCGCUAAAGUAACCGCAACAUGCAUCUUUACAUCAUCAUCCGAUGCUGUUGCGGGCGUAUUCGAAAUAUCCCGCAGUUUUCUGAUGCCAACACGACUGAAAUCGUCAGCACCAAUGCCAACUGAAGGGAAAUGGAGAAAAAGCGUAGUUAAGCAUUGGAUGGAACACUUCAUGGUGGCUAUUUACGCAUUCACGAUCGCAUUCGUGUUCAUCAUAAAGAUUCUCAUGGAAAUUCGUAUCAUGACCCUUCGUCCCGAUAACAUUCCCAUCUUCGUGUACUACUUCACAACAUUUUACAA